AUGAGUAGUACUACUCAACAAGCUCUCCCACUUCUCCAACGUUGGAAAACGGAUAUUCCUUCUCAUCCUCAGCAACCUUGUUCCUCUGAUAUAAAGACUCCUGCAUCAAGUUGUACUGUUUGUGCUUCCCGUUUGAAAACAUCCUUCAUGAAAGAGGUUUCUUCCUCUCUCCAUCGUUUGGACCACAGACAGAACUCGGCCAGCAUCACCAGAAGAGAAAUUCUCUCAACUUCAUCCUCUCCGAGAAACUGCUUUUUCCAAGAUGAUGAUGAAAAACUCUCUCAACCACCAACCACCACUCACCCUCAUGAUGAUCCAUUCAUGGAAAUGGAAAGUGAAGGACAACUACACGUUUCGGACUCGGAAGAAGAAUCCACAACUAAAUCAUCAUGUACCGUCCAAAGCACUAUAGUUCGUUUGGAAGACCAUGAUCCUGAUUCUAUACACUGGCAUCAUGAUUGUUCCAAUACCACUCCUUCUACUGUAUCCCUUAAUUCCCGAAUUCAAUCAUUACAACAAGAAAUUGCUCUUCAAAAUCAAAUCCUUCAAGAGGCUGAACAUGACAUGUCCUCGAGAAUGGAUGUACUUCAAAACAUGCUACAGUCGGUUUGUUAUAAUAUUAUUUCAUUGAAACAGCGCCAAGAUGAAAGUCAAUUAUUGCAAACUCCAAUUUCCAAUAAUAACAAUAGUAGCAUUGAGACAAGAGAUACUCUCACCAAUUCCUCUAUCAUUGCAAUGAAUAGUGAUGAGGGCCACAAUCAUGAAUUCAUUUCGAGAAGAAAUGAGGACAUGAAAAUCAAUUCCACACUCGUGACAAGAGAGGAAAUUCAAACAUUGGUGAAUGACAAGUUGGACUGUAUUCAUCAUGAGUGUCAAAAACUCGUGGCAGAGAGUAUUCAGUCGACGAGUAAUGAAAUACAAUCGCACAGCACGGAAUGGACUCGACAAUUACGAGAUUUGGAAUGUAAAAUUCUAUUCGAAAAGGAAGAAUGCAUGAAAUCACAACAAGAAAUUGAAAACCACUUGCUCGAGAAAAUGUCUUCAAUGGAUGACAAGAUUGAGGACCUUUCAGAAAAUAAUAUCGAUGUCAUGCGUUCCAUCACUCAAAUAGCGCGUGACAUUGCAAGUCAUGAGUAUCGAAUCCGAAAGAUUUCACAUCAACAGCAAACAUCUUCGUUCGAUCAUACAACACAGAAUGUAGAAACAAGCUCUAAAUCUAUCCAGCCAACCAAGGCACCUUUGCAUCGUAAGGUAUAUGGAAAUUUAACGAGAGGUGUUUAUUAUUGGACGAUGGUCAUUGGAGUACUCUUGAUUGCACUUGUUGUUGCGAUGGUGGCAGUCAUGCAACAUACUAAUCCUACAUAUUGA